CCAACAACCCUUACGCCAUGAACUAUAGCUUCAUCGCGGCCGAUUCUCUCCAAAAAGUAGGCAUUCUUGCUGUUCUCUUUCUCUGGCAAGCUUUCAGCAAACGUGGCAGCCUUGAGUGGAUGAUCACUCCUUCUCUCUCUCCACCCUUCCCAACACUCUAGUCAUGGGAAUCCCUCUUUUGAAAGCCAUGUAUGGAGAUUUCUCGGAGAGUCUUAUGGUUCAAAUUGUGGUUUUGCGAAGUGUAAUUUUGUAUACUCUUAUGCUCUACAUGUUCGAAUAUAGAGGAGCCAAGUUACUCAUCUCCGAACAAUUCCCUGAGACGGCCGCUUCCAUUACCUCCUUCAGAGUUAAUUCUGAUGUCGUUUCGCUAAAUGGUCGAGAACCAUUACAAACAGAUGCUGAGAUCGGCGAAGAUGGUAAGCUCCAUGUGGUUGUUAGGAGAUCUAGCAACUCGUCCGUGUUGUCUUCCUUUAACAAGUCACACGGGCUAAACUCAUUAACGUCCAUGACCCCAAGAGCUUCGAAUCUUACGGGUGUAGAGAUCUAUUCAGUGCAAUCUUCCCGAGAGCCAACACCAAGGGCUUCAAGUUUUAAUCAGACAGAUUUUCAUACCAUGCUUGCUAGCAAGGCCGCAAGUCCCAAGCACAGGUAUAUAAAUAGUUUCCAGGGAGUUAUUAGUGAUGCUUACUCUUUGCAAUCUGCGAAAAGAGCCACGCCUAGAACAUCAAAUUUUGAUGAGGUUAUGUUGAAGAUUGGAAGAAAAGAGGUGGGAGAACUAUGAGGGGUAAGUUGUUUAAUGGUUACCUGCCUCCCAAUUCCAUGUUUUCAGGCUCUACCAGUGGUGGUC